UUUGUUUAGUGUAUUUAAGUUUAUUUAAUGUAAACAUUUUUACAUACUGUCUGUUCUAAAUAGUCAAAGUACACAAUGUCAGUAGUAUUUUAAUAAUAUUUUAAAUUCUAAAUUAAUUUGCUUAAACAAAAGAAAAAAAACAGAAAUUUGCGACUUAAUAACUAGCGAAACAUCAAAACCAUCAUAAUAAUCAAAAAUGAGACUGUUUAAGAGACUUAGAGCAAAGGCAACCUCGAGCGACGAAAGGGGUACUAAAUCCAAUGGAGUUCCGGAUGCCAAAAAGGUCUACGAGAUAUUCCGAAAGCAUCGCGUACCUGCUGGCGGUCCACCAUGCAGCUGCAGCGCUUGCAAAAUAAAGUUACUUUCAACCCACUCGGAAGACCGACUAGAUGGGAUUGAGGAGAAGCAAUAUCCCACAGGUACUAAGUUGAAAAAAGGAUUUGGUACUGUCACAGCUGCGACGCAAACCGAUUCCAUCCAACAAACCGUAUCCAGUCAGACGCUUCGAGAAGAGGAUGAGAAUACAAAUGUAACUACAUCCACGCAAUAUGAAAAAGACGAUGUACCAACCAAAACUAAACUAACCCAGACCCAGUCUAAUAAAUCCAAAGAAAAGUCAAAACUGAAACCAGAUAAGAAACAAAAUCAGCGCAAAGGUUUCUGGAAGCGAAAAACAAUAGUGGCCAAUACAAACAAGCUUGACCAGGAUAAAGAACGGCACUUCUUGGAAAGCCCAAAGGCUAAAGAGUCAGACCCUGACGUCGACAAGGACGAGGAAAAUCUAGAGCCUAUACAGUCUGUAAAGUGUCCUCAUUGCUCUAAACUAGACGAGGUGAUCCACAAACUCUUCCACUUACAAAAGCAAUUAGAAAGUCAUGAGUAUCAUAUCAAUUUAUUGCAGCAGUCAGUCAAUAAGCUUAAAAACCAGGAAACACAAGAAAAAAAAGAUAAAGAGACAGAUCCGUCUGUCUCAGACGGACUUUCCAAUGUUCCAAACCAACCAAAAUUAUGUGACGAAUCCUCAUGUGAAUGUGAGACCUUAUUUCAUCAAUUUAUGCAAAUGAUCACGAAACCUUCAGAGACUCAGAAAACGAAAGACUUAUUACCCACUUCCCAAGAAGUCAGCUCGACCCAAUUAGAUGGAAAUAAUUGUCAAAGAGAAAAGAAAUUUGAUUUAGAAUUUCUAUUUAGAGAAUUUAUAAAUUUUUUCAUUAAGCCUACGGACAACUCGUCUUCCCGUGUUUGUGAUAAUAAUAAGAUUAUUCAAUCAUUAAGCACUAUAUUUAAGCCCCCUCAAACGCUAAGCACUUGCAGUGGGUUAUCUAAAUUGGUAGACAAGAAAUCGAAUUCCAAUAUAUCAGAGCUGGAGGAAUGUCCUUGCCCAAGUCAAACUCCUGUUUCGAAGUGUCUUUUGGAGCGACAACAAUCAAGCUUGUGCCAAUUCUGUAAGAACAAAAAUCUGUUAGUUCUCGAUGACUUAAUCAAUGAGCUUAUCAUACUAAUUGGCAAGCGAAGCUUGAAAGACGUGGUUCUAACCGUCCUGCUACGGGCAGACGAUAUCUAUCAUGUGAAUGUUCGUGAAAUUAAAAGCGGACGUGUCCUCGGAUGCCUUCUAGUCAACGAUGCGGCGAUUGAUGAUGCCAUUUGUUCUGGUCUUUUCGAGAGUAUGCAAACCUAUUGUGUUGUUGAUGUACGUAGCACUAUUAAGCCAAAGAUUUGUUCUUUUGGCAUACCUUUUGAAUUCGUACACGACAAACGUGAAAUUGAUCAGCAAAGGGAGCAGGGCGGUGAAAACGGUUUUCCGAAUCCAAAUCCGUUGAGCUAA